CAUGUGGUUCGGGGGAAUCUGGGAGAGCACGCCGUUCGUCCGCCAUUUAAGCGGUUUGUUGCAAGCUUUAGCCGGACUCGGACUUGAAACCCAUUCCUGCGUCCUUCUGGCGUCCUCGCCGAGCCCGUUCUCACGUAACGAUUCAAUGUCAAUGGCUCCCGCCAAAUAGAAUGGCGGUGUUCGCGAGGCUGGGAAGGAGGAACCUCCGAUUCUUCGGGGGCGGAGAGACCGCCGGCGAUCGUUGGGAGGAGAAAGAGAAGAAGCGAAUAGUGGAUUACCUCCACGAGCCUGACGACGACGACGACGCCGGCGGUGGCGAGGAAAUGAGGGCUGGCAAGAGAAAAAGGCGGGAGCUUUCCUUAUCUCUUCCUCUUUCCGCUUCUUCUCCGAAUACUUCUUCGACUGGUGGCUCGUCUUAUUCUCCUCGGUCUCUUCUCUCCCGGUGGCUUCUCCCUCUUCAGAAGCCGUCGCCGAGCGGCGGCGGCGAGGGCGGAGGCGGAGGGGGAGUUGGUGAAGUGGGCUCGGGAGUGGGAUGUUUGCUGCGGUUCCCGAGGUAUAGCCGUAGGAACACGAAGAAGAAGAAAAAGAAGGGGAAGGAGAAGGAGGUGGUGGGGGAUGGGCCUGGGUCUGGGGGGAGUAGUACGAAACUCUCCGUUUCUUCGGGUGAGAAGCCUGAAGGCAUAUCUUUUAACCUGGGUAUGGGGCUAGGUCUUGUCUUCCUCCUGACCAAGUGUGCAAGUGAAUUCAAAAGAAUGACAAAAAUGCAGGCAGAGCUGGAAAUUCUGCUAAAAGAAAUUAAAGAUGAAGUUCAAAAUAACGAUGUUAUUUAUACCUUCUUGGAGUCAAGUAAUGGUGUCGCCUUUUCUGCACCAGAUUGCUCAGGUGAUGUAAGUACAAGCAAGGCUAUUCCCUUGCAGAGUCGCGUAGCAUCUUUUCAUCAGGAAGGGGCAGAAUGUGCCACUGAAUCUGAUGAAAAGUCGACCAUUUAUGCUGAUAAAAGGCGCCUAAAGAUGGAUCAACUGGAAGCAAAGCUCGAAGUUGAGAUAGAACGUAUGCAGCUUAACUUGGAAGGAGAAGAUUCAUCUGUACUCCUAGGACAACACAAAAUUGUGUUGACCGGUGAGAGCAGUGAUUCUUCCGGAAGCUUCAGUAUAAAUGUUGGACAAGACAUUGAACCUAAGAAAGAAAAUAAUGGCGAAUCUAGUGGUGUUUCUGCACUGGAGCUGGAGCGAAGGUUGCAUGAGCUUCUACAUACAAAACAGCAAGAGCGGAUAGCAGAGUUGGAGUAUGUGUUAGAAUGCACCAAGAGGAAGCUUGUUGAGAAAGAAAUUGAGAUAUGUUGGUUGAGGGAGAGUGCAAGUCUUGCUUCACCUCACAAGGAUGAAAAAAAUCCAGAGAGCAUAAAAAAAUCAUCCUCUUUUGCUCUUGAUCAUCUCUCUUGUUAGCAAGCAUGUUGUGCCAUGUUGGGAGUAAAACUUAAAAGGCACCUUCAUGUCUUGGUAAAGUCAUAUAUAUGAGAGCAACAGAGUAUCCCAGGUGAAUUGUUGCAUUUAAAUGAAAAGGAAGAGUGAGAUUAGACAAAUCAUGCACAGAGAUAUAAAAUGCCCAAAAGCGAGAAACUAUCAAUUGAAGGAUAAAAAGUGAUAGCAUGAUUAUUACUUGGUAUGUAGCUAUUCUCUGAAAUGUAUCAGAUGUCAACUCUAUAUUGUGUUCUAUAUAUAUUGAAACUCUUGCUUGUUUCAACUC